AAGCCUCUCAGGGAGGGUUGUCGGGUAUCCGUUGGGGCUCGCUUAUGCCGGAGAAUAUACACCAUCGAACAAAGUCUUCCCAUACCGGAUCCGGUGAAAGUUCAUAAUGUUGCGUCGCGUUGUUCUUCGCGGCAAAAGUGCGACGGCGCGACGGUGUAUUCCUUUCAGAUCUGAAUUUUAUUGACAAGUGCUCGUUCAAAUUUCACGUUUUUCGUUGUUUCGUUAACGUUGUUGAAUCAUCUACCUAUGUCGCCUGUGAGUCCCCGUCCAGAUGGCGUGUUCGUUAUUGCAUGAAAACGUUGAGCGUUCAUUUGAAAACCGUAGGCAACGUCAACGCCCAUUGGAUUACCUGAAAAAUUUUUCUCUAUCUGAAUUAUCAAACACUUUUUAAACGCAAAUACUUUUUUUGUUUAUGAUUUUUUAAUGACUUCUUCAUUGAGGUGCGCUAUUCGGAUUUUAUUGUGCUGUGCGGUCUCUUUAUUUUAUUCAUUUUAUUAGAUAAAUUUGAAGUAGAAAAAAGUGACGGAUGAUUCUUCUCCAAAAGUGAUUCUUCUGAAAAAUUGUCAGGCGACUGGAUUCUACGAGGAAUCAAACGUACUUUUCAGUUCCGGUGGGGUCGCCGGAAGUAGCUGAGCGUGACGGGGCUAACGGAAAAACGUGGGAACUCGGAUCGCCCAGCCGCACUCCACCGCUCCAUUAGUCGGCGCACGCUAAACAACCUCGUAGAUAAUCGCAUUAUACACUUUGCGACAAAUGUUGCGCUAUCCCGGGAAAACUUCCACCGCGAGCUGCUAUCGUAUUUAAGUUCUCCUCGAAUUGACAGUGCAAAGGAGGACGAGUACAGCAUAAAAGAGCCGUAAAAAAAAGGAAGAAAAAAAGAAAAUAAAGGAAGAGAUCAACUUGUUUGUUGUUGAGGUGAUGCCUUAAUUGCCUCGUCGGGAACACUCAACGACUAUUCAAUUAGAUGGGUGGGAAAACAUCGUAUCGAUUAAACUGUAAAAGACUCGCGAUAAGGAAAUUCACAAGAGAACGAGUUCAUAAAAUACACCGAAGUCUCCUUCCGCUGUGACCUUAUUAAUUAGCAUUAAGGCGGUGCAAAGUCAGUUUAAUUGAAUGUUCUCUCGAGGUAUCUCUCAAACUCCAAGAGAAAAGGUCCAACUAUAGAGCAUUUAAAUAUCGGAUAUUUGAAAGUUGAAUGGAGUUAAUUCUAGUCUAAAAUGAGUCUCCGACUGUUUAACUAAAUUUUUUAUUUAUGCAAAUAAAAUUUGUAACGAGAUUCGUAAAAUUCGUAUUAGAACUGUCUUAGAAGAUCACACGACGUCGAUUGCGAUUCAAGAAUUGCGAUGAAAACGAAAUCUGCGAGAGAGCGAGAAAAGUACGAUCGGAAUUUGUGAUGGUCUUAAAUAUAUAGACAGUAAUAGACAUAUUGAGGACACGCAAUCAUCGUUUAAAAAUAACAAAACGGAAAGAAAUCGCUAAGGAAACAUCAUCACGCAAGACAAAGCUAACUUCAUUGUAGCCUAACGUGCAGUAGAAUACGCGGUUUCCCGCUGUUUGUCCGUGGAGGUACUCUGUGGUAUCUGUAUGCGAUCUGGCAGAUUGAAAAGAGACAGAGCGAAGGCAUUCGAAGAGAGGAAGGACUUAGUCGCGGGACCAGAAGCGAAGAGAGAGACUGAUCGGAAUCCCACUCUCCUCUAGGUAGAAUCUGUGACGUCAACCUGGAGCAAGUUGUAUGACCAGUUUGUUGGUAAAAAGAGGCAAAAGAGCAGAAGAAAAGGAAGGAAAAAAAAGAGGAAGGAGAGCGGGAGAAAUAGGAGGAGGCAAUAGUCUUCUCUCUCACAUUCAUCUGCGUUUUUACCAGUCGGCUCUCUCUAAGGCAUUUCGUGCCGCCAUGUCAUCCGCGCACCACGACAUCCAUCAACAGCAGUAACGCGUUUGCCCCUUCUCUCUUUUCUCUCUUUCUCUCUCUAUCUGUCUUUUUGUGGCACUCAUUCAGUGGCCGUUGUGUCGGACUAAAAUUACCCUGGUCGGCUGAUCGCUGCGAUCUGCGAAGCGCGAGCGGAGUGUUCGCUCCAGCGUGGAACGUUUCGGAGCUGAUCGCGACGAGGAGGCGCAUCUCGAUGGCGGUUGCGAUGCAUCGAAUGUAUUAAACAGACGUCGCGUAACAUCGGAUCAGUGAUAUAAUCGUUUCAAACCAGUGAUAUGAUCAAGAAAUCCUGCAUGCGUUCGGUAUCGCUCUUGAUGAUUAAGUGCACGUCGUUCCAAACGAGCUGAUGAAUAAUACAGGAAUUCGAAGUCUAUGUUAUAGCGGAGGCGAAAGAGGAGACCGAAAGGUCAUCCGUUGAGGAAUCGAUGUGUAGACUCACGUAGUGCUUAUAGUGGACCUUCCAAAACCUCAUCGAGACGUUUGGAUAUCUCGAAGAAAAACUUCGUUGAUUUUUCUCUCUCUCUCUCUCUUUCUCUCCCUUCCCAUGUGUAAAAGAUAAAUGCGCCAUAAAGAUCACACCUGUAUACCAGUGCGCACGAAUGUCGUUGGAUAGAUAAUUGGAUACCGCGAAUGGUUCACCAAAGGAUACGUGAAACUUCCAACGGUCCGUCGUAUUUGGAUACUUGAAGUAGGUGAUACUGCUCAUCGUGAAAACAUCGCUGCUCGAGAGAAAUGGGAAACCACCCAUCCGCCCACCAGCCACUCGAGAGGGCUACCAGCCAUGCUGGAAAUGGUCUUCGUCUCUCGAAGCGCGAGAGAUCGCCGGGGAAAAGAAUGGAUCGGCUUCGACGGAGCUUCCGGGACAGCUUCCGCCGACGGAAAGAAUCUCACGUGCCCGAGUCCAGUAAGCCCCAUCAAUGGCAAGCUGAUGAAAGUGCAGUACGUUCAGCCACGUGCGCUUUUCAUGUCAAGUACCUGGGAUGCGUAGAGGUGUUCGAAUCGAGGGGUAUGCAGGUUUGCGAAGAAGCUCUUAAAGUUCUUCGAAAUUCGAGGCGAAGACCGGUGCGGGCGAUACUUCACGUAUCCGGAGAUGGAUUGCGCGUUGUCGAGGAUGAAACGAAAGGAUUAAUUGUCGAUCAGACGAUCGAAAAGGUAUCAUUCUGUGCACCUGAUAGAAAUCACGAGAAGGGAUUCAGUUACAUCUGCAGGGAUGGCACCACCAGACGAUGGAUGUGUCAUGGAUUUUUAGCGUUGAAAGAAUCGGGGGAAAGAUUGAGUCACGCAGUGGGUUGCGCCUUCGCCGCGUGUCUGGAAAGGAAGCAACGACGAGACAAAGAAUGCGGAGUUACAAUGACUUUCGAUUCGAAGACUUCCACCUUUACGAGAAGCGGCAGCUUCAGGCAACCUAGUCUCACGGAACGGUUGCAGGAAUCACGCGAUCGUGCAGUAGAUGUUCCUCCGGUUAAGCAGGUGUAUAAUCCUUUUGCGAUCGAAAGACCACACGCCACUCCAUCAAUGCUGGAACGACAGGGUUCUUUCCGAGGUUUUACGCAACUCAAUCAAGCAUCACCGUUUAAAAGGCAGCUCAGUCUACGAGUCAAUGAUCUUCCUAGUAAUCUCGAACGCACACGUAGUCACAGUCUUGAGCCAACGGACUUGUCACGAAUGCCAUCAGCUCUUUCGCACAUUGUACCUUUGAAGCCGCCAGAGUUCGAAGGAUAUGACGAAGUGAGUCCAAUACCAGAAAUAUCUCCCGGUGGUCAGGACAGCGUUUCUGCAAUGUGUCAGCAGCUUUCUCGAGGGCUUUCUCUGCUCUCGAGCAGCGACGACUUUGGACCAAUGCCGUCGUCCCAGCUUGCUGCCACCUCUGUCGCUAAACAACUUUUUAUGAGCGCCACCACUAGUUCUCCUCCAGUAACGAGUAGCAGCUCGUUGGACGAGAUCAAACUGCAAAAUGGUCCCAGCAUUAACAACAACAACAACGACAAGAGCGACGAGCCCAGCGGUCUGAAUCACGUCGGGCCCAGUUGGCAAGAGUCAGCAUCUCCCGUUCUCGCGUCGAACCAUAGGCUCACACCACUCCUUAAGACAAGCAACUUGAGUCCCGUUCUUCCAAGGACGAACGCACCCACUCCGGUCGUUAUGAGCACACCGGCACCUGUUUCCUCUGGUGUAGGUGCCUUUGGCACACCACCGUCGGCAGCGAGCCCCGCUUUUAGCACAACUUCUACAUCCUCUUUGGGAAACACGCCUACACCGGCUGUGAACAAAUCGCCGAUACCAUCAAAUUCAACAAUGACACCGAAAACAAGUUCUCCCAGUGCUAGCGUAGCGUCUGUCUCUUCGUCAUUAUCCUCGACAUCCACCACGACUAAUGUCGCACAAGUUUCAACGGCAACCGGUGUUUCGACAGCUUUAGUACAACCGCUUUCCACGGCAGCCGGUUUGCCAAAACCAGAACAAUGGUUGGGUAGCAUAACCGGAUCUGUGCCGUCGCCGGUACCGCAGCAGGUACCUGCCAGUCCUCGACGAGCACCUCCGCUUCACGCCAGGGCGCUUUCGCUCGGAUCAGCCGCGAUGGGCCAAGCUUCCAGAGGAGGACCUUCCGAUCCUUUCGACGUCGAGUGGGCGGAAAUUGCCGCCAGAAAUUUGCGGCAAUCAACCACGACGACGAAUCCUUUCAUUAUGCCGAACGCGACCCAAGCGUUUCAGGUGCAAUUGUAGCGUCAGGAGUUCAUCAACAACGUCGCCAAGUAUUUUCGCUCGAACACAUAGCGGCAACACGCACGUUCGCGUUUCGACGUCGCGUCCGAUCGAAAAUAUUACACGUGAGCCGCCGUUUCCUCGACCCGAUUUCGAAUGCCGCCGAAUACUGUCAGGCGCGGUCGAGCUUCCGGUUGGAUAGUACAAGUCCUCUCUCUACGGGAUCCGAAGAGAAGCUGGGUCCCGAAAGAGCGCGACGAUCUGUCUCUUUUCGAGUCGGCAUUUAGUAGCAACGACAGUAGCAGCGAACCUUACACCAGCACAAAAGAUAUCAGCGUAAAUUACUUUAUAGAUAGAUAAAUAUACGCACACAGCCUUAACGACCUCAGUAAAAGUAAAAAAUGGUACACGCAUAAAUGCAUAAAAGCAUAAAAGCAGUUUGGGAGAUGACGUGACGGGAGAUACACAAUGUUUCAUGCACCGAAUAAUAACAGAGGCUUACAGCUCGUCAGCCGAUUAAGGAGAAGCAAUAGAUGUCGCGAAAUACCAACGGAUUUCCCGACAGUACCAAUAAUUAUAUAUUCAAUGUCUGUCACGCGAUAUAUCGUAAUUGGAUAUCCCAAUUAUCUUGAGUAGAAUUAGGCUCGAACCGCGAGCGGUUAUCGUCGUUCUGCAUGAAAAACGAAAUUGUACGCACCCAAGAUUACACUGCACCCUUACCGUUUUUUUUUCUUUUCCAAGAGAGAAAAUUACGCGUAGUGUAGUCGCUCUUCGUGAUCGUGUCCCGCGAGCUGGAUCACAAAGCGAGAUAAUCGUACCUUUCGCAGGAAGGAAAUUGCAUUUCCGGCAGGCUCACCCGGCUCAGACGAGCACGUAGAUAAACGAAUGACGUUUCAUCAUACGUGAAAUGUUAUUAUGCAGGUGGAUUAACAUCCGCGUGAGGGACUGUGAUAUUGACGCGAAGUGGCCAGUACUUAAGCGAACAGGGUCGAAGAGAAGUAUCGUGAGGAACUUGCUCAAGGUUGUCGUGUUGCGCGAUAACAGAGAAUAAAAGCGAUCGUGAGCUCGGGUACCGUGGACUCUAUCGUCCUGUGUAGCCGGCAGAAAACACCCAUAUAGAUUACUUAAGUAAAGAUUAGCUGUUGAAAGUUAUAGCGGAGAUAUUGUCUUACACUAUCGUUGUCUAUUAUAUAUACACACACGAUCGUGUUGCAUUUAUUGUAAAGGCAGAGAAUCGCAGGAUGAUGAGAAAAUUCUUGCACAAGGACGACGCUCGCGGAACGAUUUCCUCGAGAACCUUAGACGGUGCUUCCGUUCUGUAAUAGCAAUAGCUGUGCGAAAAUCGUUCGCCGAGCCGAUCCUCGAAGAAGUGCGAGUUCAUAUCUACGAUCUGAUUGCAGUCUGAGUGCAAAUGAAUUUCCUCAGUCCCGCAUAGUAAUUGAUAGCGUCCCGCGAGAUAUCAGUAUUGCGCCUCUAGCAGCUUUCUGUCUUUCAACUUAAUGGCUGCACUUUCGAUUUUUCGAAACGGAUCGAGGGUAAACGUCAAGGAAGGCCGAGAUAAUCACAAGAGGGAUAAUUGAGGCGCGCAAGUGUGUAUGCAUUGUAUAUAGAUUAAUUAUUUAAAGUAUGAUGCGACAGUGUAGGGGCAUGGGAGAACGUUCCAGAAAGAGAAAGAGAGAGCAUAAUGAAAUCAUUUAUUAAACCAGCGACUCAGUAAUGACGCGAAAGAAAUUCUUCCUAAAUAAAGUUUAAUCAAAGUGUAAUAAUAUUUUAUAAAUAUGAUUUUCGGAGACUAUAUGAAGAAUAAUAUUGCGCGAUUUAUAAUUUAUUUGCGGGUUUUAUACGGCUUCUUUUAAUUCUUACGUUAUUUUUAAGCAGAUUGUCAUAUACUCGCAGUCAUUCUGAUAAGUAUGUACGUAUGUGUACAAUACUACGAUAUAUGUAGACAUUCCUGCAAUACUCCAUACCGAGAUAUAUAUAUACUUACGCGACAUAAGUUUUUGAUCGCGCGAUUUGAUUUCAAUGUCCUGUUAAAAUCGCGUCUAAAAUUGCAUCUAAUGUAAUUUAUUUAUUUAUUUCGAUACAACCACGCUACGAAUACGAAGCGUACCUAUAUUGAUAUUCUUCUAUAUGACGAGUAUUGUUUAAGAAGUAUUACCGCUUCGAUUGCGUAAUAGAUUUUAUUGUUAAUCAGAUAAAUGAUUUAGAAGAGAUUGUUAUUAACGAUUAUGGAAUCGAAUGAUAUCCAUCUAUUUCUGCGAGAGAAAUUUUUGCCGUCAUCGUUGCAAGCUGUUCGGCGAAAAUGGAUUUGGUUUUUUCGAGCCACCUUCCGUCCGUCCCGAAAAUCAAAAGGUAACAAGAAAUAACAAAAUUAAAAGCGGGAAGAAAUUUAAACGAACACUGUAAAGUAGCAGCAGGGAAUGAUCGCUGGGUACUUAUUGCGGUACUUAUCGAAAGAAAAUAUCGAUUAAUCAAUGUACUUAAAUAUUAAUACACGUAGAGAGAUCGUUGCCCGUGCAAGAUCGCUAAUCGACGCACGUCGUCGAUGUCUUCGUUUUUAUUUGUAUUUUUUUUCUCAUUUUAUUAUCUUUGAAAUUGCAAAAUAUUUCUUUCGUUAUUCGUUCGUUUCCUCGAGAAAGAAAAAGAGAGAAGAAGAAAAAAGAAAGAGAGAGAGAGAACGAGGAAAAAUUUGUACAUAACACAGCAUAGUGAUUCGUUAUAAUAUUAUCAUGUUUACGUACUUACUGUUUUUUUUUUUUCCUUUUACGUUUCUUGGUCGAUGUACGCUAAUUCACAUAGUUCAUUUGACUAGGAUCGAGAAGGAGUGAUAGUGGCGUCUUGGCUGGUAUUAUAUCCGCUUCUACAACGCUUCUGCGACUUAUCUGGGCAUCUGAUGUUUUUUCUUCUUCUGUUGUAAUUUUUAAUCAAAGAGUCUCAUUUAUUUGUGACUAUCCUUUUUACUGCGCUCGGAAAAACGCGGAGAUCAGCCAGGACGCGUUCCGGUGUCUCGUUCGACUGAAACAGAUGAGUGCAUUUAGAAAAGUGAAUAUAACAUAUAAACACAAACACAUAUAAAUACAUAUAUAUAUAUAUAUAUAUAUAUAUAUAUAUAUAUAUAUAUAUUAUACACGUUUACAUAUCCAGAGAAAGAGACGCCGGAACAAGAGUAUAUAGGCGAAUAGAUGCACCGCGUGCCAAAUUCAAAAGUGCAACCGCGUUGCCUGCCAAUUGGUACAUCGCGCACGCUUCCGUGGUUGUGUUGUACAUAGUGUCGCCGGUCGAUUCCUGGAUCAAUGUACGACUUAAUGCGUGUAUAUUUCGUAAAAGUAUCCUUGUUCAUUUUACAUUGUAUCUGCCACUGUAAAAAUACGAUUUAUUAUAUAAUAUCUGUUGUGAUUA